GCAGCCAUGUAUGGUAUUGUAUGUGUGUACGGGAGGGAAUGGAUGGCGCGUUUAUGACCACCAGGGGGUCUCGCCGGUGCGGAAGUCCUCCUCGCUUUUCUUCCACUCCUUGAACACAAUCUGCACACACACACACACACACACACACAGAGAGAGAGAGAGAGAGAUAAAGCCAGGAGCGUGGAUGUGUGUCUUUCGCGGUGGGAAAGAGCGUAUCACUCACCCCUCCCUUGUCGUCGGCUUCCACGUGGGCGAGGGCCAGCGACAGAGGGGCAGGGCCACGCACAACCUGCACACACACACACGUGUCCAAUGUCUGUCUGUCGCGCAACCUGCAUGGUGCGGCAUCUCUCGACAAUCAGUGAGUGGCUCGCCUCUCCCACAUACCUUUCCAUUAGCGUCGUAUUGGGAUCCGUGGCAUGGGCAGAUGAACCUGUUCUGGGCGGCAUUCCACGGCACCACGCACCCGAGAUGUGUGCACACCGCGUUGAUGCCGAAGUCUUUCACGUUCGUCUUCUCGUCGUUGACCACAAGAUAGUACGCAUCGCCUGCACACACACACACACACACAGAGAGAGAGAGACCCAAUCCAACCCUGAUUGACACAUAGACCCCCUCCCUCCCUCUCCCUCCCUCCCCCCCGUCUCUGCGUACCCUUGAUGCCCUGGACGAGCUCCCUGUCGCCCGCAUUGUGGCUGGCGAGCCACUGCUUGACCGUCACCUGGUUGCCCACUCGGUCGAGUGCCGGCACACCAGCACCCGCGCCGCCCUUCUUGCUGGGCGGCACGAAGAACCCCAGGUAGAAGUAUGCCGCCUGGAGGAUGGGCAAGCCGACCGCCCCAAGUGUGAGGGCGUUGAGGAUGUUGCGCCUGUCCAUAUCGGCAGGGGGUGCGCCGAGGUUCUCCUCGCCAGCCGUGGCCAUCAAGAGGGUCUCGCCCCGUGCUUGGCACAGGUCAGAGCACCUCUGCACUGCGUUGGACAGACCACUGCUGACGCCAAAGGGGGUGGGGGGGACGAAGGCAGAUGUGUCACGCUGCCUCAGAGAGGCACUCAGACCUGAGAUCACAUGACACAAGCCAUCAACCGACGGAUAGAUAUGCAGCACUCACUCACAGAUCUCUGACGCAUGCCAUGCGUGUGUGUGUGCGGUGACCUCACCAGUAGCCACGAGGCAGAGAAAGACGGCACCCACGAGUGAGUUCAUUUUCAAAAUCACCGAUGCACGCGUUGCGGCAGAGAUCUG